AUGCGUGAGCAAGCGGAGAGCAUCGUGAUGGAGACAGAGAAGGAAGGGAGAGCAGACAUGAAGGCCAGAAGGGCAGGCUCGCCCAGCUGCGGGCACCGGGAAAGGGCGGGGAACGUGCGGAGCGCUCCAAGGCACGGGGCCACAGUCGGGAGACCCGAACGGCUAUGCCGGACACUUCCCUGUGCCCGAAGCACCACGCCUUUAAGCCGGAAGAGCCCUGACACAGAGACGUAUGCCAAGUCUGCGGAAGGGCUGAAGGCAGCCUGGGGGUCGUCGCCAGAGACCCGCUGGGGAGGCGCGCCAGGCAGUGUGCAGCCCUUCGGCCGGCUGACCGUCUGCAAAGAGGGGCUCCCAGCAGCUGGCUUGGCUCCCAGUCCACCUUCCAAGCCUCUCCCGCCCUCUGCAGUUCCUGUCUGUGGCCGCAUCACCCGUCUGGACUGGUUCCUAACCCCCCGGCUUCUGGCAGCCUGGCCCGACUCCAGUUUCCGAUUCGUCUGCGUGAACCGUGACCAGGUCAGGUGGGCAGAGACGACCGAGGUGGCAAUGCAGGCAGUGUUCCCGAUGUGGGGCACGGGCUCCCAGACCUAG